GUGGCAAUUACACGCUGAUUCUUUUCUACAAACCACAAAGACAUUGGUACCCUUUAUCUUGUAUUUGGUGCCUGAGCCGGAAUAGUGGGAACCGCUCUAAGCCUUCUCAUUCGAGCCGAACUAAGCCAACCUGGAUCACUUCUGGGCGACGACCAAAUUUAUAAUGUUAUUGUCACUGCCCAUGCCUUCGUAAUAAUUUUCUUUAUAGUAAUACCAAUUCUAAUCGGAGGGUUUGGAAACUGACUCGUGCCGCUAAUAAUCGGAGCGCCUGAUAUGGCAUUCCCACGAAUGAAUAACAUAAGUUUCUGACUUCUACCCCCCUCUUUCCUUCUACUACUAGCCUCCUCUGGUGUCGAAGCCGGAGCUGGGACAGGGUGAACAGUAUACCCGCCACUCGCAGGCAAUCUUGCCCACGCAGGAGCAUCCGUAGACCUAACAAUUUUCUCGCUCCACCUAGCAGGUGUAUCAUCAAUUUUAGGUGCAAUUAACUUCAUCACCACAACUAUUAAUAUGAAACCACCAGCCAUCUCUCAAUACCAAACACCCCUGUUUGUUUGAGCCGUACUUGUAACAGCCGUACUUCUUCUCUUAUCUCUACCAGUCCUAGCCGCCGGAAUUACUAUGCUUCUUACAGACCGAAAUCUAAAUACCACAUUCUUUGACCCAGCAGGAGGAGGAGACCCAAUCCUAUAUCAACACCUAUUCUGGUUCUUCGGCCACCCUGAAGUUUACAUUCUCAUUUUACCCGGAUCUGGGAUCAUUUCACACGUCGUAGCCUACUAUGCAGGCAAAAAAGAACCAUUCGGCUAUAUAGGAAUGGUCUGAGCCAUGAUAGCUAUCGGUCUCCUAGGAUUUAUUGUAUGAGCCCACCACAUGUUCACUGUCGGAAUGGACGUAGACACUCGUGCAUACUUUACAUCCGCAACAAUAAUUAUUGCCAUUCCAACAGGCGUAAAAGUAUUUAGCUGAUUAGCCACACUUCACGGAGGAUCUAUCAAAUGAGAAACACCCAUACUAUGAGCCCUUGGGUUCAUUUUCCUCUUCACCGUGGGUGGAUUGACAGGAAUUGUCCUAGCCAACUCAUCACUCGACAUCGUCCUUCACGACACAUACUACGUAGUCGCACACUUCCACUAUGUACUAUCAAUGGGUGCUGUAUUUGCCAUUAUGGCAGCCUUUGUUCACUGAUUCCCCCUAUUUACAGGAUACACUUUAAAUGACACCUGAACAAAAAUCCACUUCGGAGUAAUAUUCAUCGGUGUCAACCUUACAUUCUUCCCACAACACUUCCUAGGCCUAGCAGGAAUGCCACGACGAUACUCUGACUACCCAGACGCCUACGCUCUGUGAAAUACAGUAUCAUCCAUCGGGUCACUUAUCUCCUUAGUAGCAGUAAUUAUAUUCCUAUUUAUUCUAUGAGAAGCCUUCGCCGCUAAACGAGAAGUAUCCUCAGUAGAAUUAACUAUAACAAAUGUAGAAUGACUUCAUGGCUGCCCUCCACCAUACCACACAUUUGAAGAACCCGCAUUCGUUCAAGUUCAAUCAAACUAA